CUGAGCUUUGUUUGUGUUGUGUCUCACUUGCACAUGUGUAACAGUUGUUGUUUAAUAUUAAUCUUUUAUUGGGAAUAACUAAUCCCAUCUAAUCCCCAUUUAGUAUCUAUAAGUUAGUCAAAAAAGCUUUACAUGAGCAACGAAUUUUAACAGCAAUGACUGAACAGGUGUACAAUAUGUUGUAGUCCAUUUAAUAUGCAUAUAUAGCGAGUGUAUUAUAGGGAAAACAUGUGCCGCUAACUUAUCCAAAGGUUAAGGUUAAACCAAGCGCAUAUAUUAAUUGCACAACUCUUGCUUAGCCCAGGCAUGACGUCUGCCAAGCCGCAGAUAUUAAUUAUUGAGCCCUUUUUCGGCGGCAGCCACAAGCAGCUGAUCGACACAUUGGUCGAAUGCUUGAAUCUGGCUGACUAUGAGAUCUUUAGCUUGCCCGCUAAAAAGUGGCAUUGGCGUGCACGCACCUCAGCGCUGUAUUUCUCGCAGCUGAUUCCGCCGGAACACGACUACAAAGUGCUCUUCACCAGCUCCGUGCUCAAUUUGGCGGAGCUGAUUGGUGUGCGUCCGGAUCUGGUUAGCUGCCGGAAGAUCGUUUAUUUCCAUGAGAACCAACUGGUCUAUCCGGUGCGCGAGGUCAAGGAGCGCGACUGCCAAUACGGCCUAAAUGAGAUUCUUACUUGCCUUGCUGCGGACGUUGUCCUCUUCAAUUCGAACUUCAAUCGCAUGUCCUUUCUGGACAACGUUCAGCCCUUUCUCAACAUCCAGCCGGACUUCAAGCUGAAGCACAUACGCGAGCGCAUCGAGAAGAAGUGCGAAGUGCUCUAUUUCCCCAUCAAGUUCCAUGCCUUUCCCAACAAGCGCCACAUGAUGGAUGCUGAGCUGAGCGCGGCGGAGCCGCACUGCCUGCAUCUGAUUUGGCCGCAUCGCUGGGAGCACGACAAGAACCCCAAAUUACUGGUCGAAGUGCUGAUGGAGCUGAACAAGCGCCAGGUCGACUUCAAGGUGACAAUCUGCGGCGAGAGCUACCAGGCGAUGCCCGAGGCCUUCGAUGGCAUACAGCAGAAGCUGGGCGCCAAGCUGAUCAACUUUGGCCACUUGACGCGCGAGGAGUACAUCAAGGCGCUGCUCACCGGCGACAUUGUCAUCUCGACGGCCGGCCACGAGUUCUACGGCGUGGCCAUGCUGGAGGCCACCUACUGUGGCUGCUAUCCGAUAGCGCCCAACAAGCUCGUCUAUCCGGAGAUCUAUCCCAAGGAGAAUCUCUACAAUACGUCCAAUUCGCUAAUCAAAAUGCUGUACAACUGGUGCCGCAAUCCGGAUCUCUUUCGCCGGCAUCGCGACAAAUUCUUCGACUACUUCAACUUUGAGCGCUACUCGGCCCAGCAUCUGGUGCCCAAGUACAUGGAGAAGAUGCGCAUUACGGUCUAGCCCCGAAUCCGGAGCCGCAACGAAUUUAGUUUUGUAAGCGCACACAACGAAAACUUGACCAAUUUUGUUUAGAUCUAUGUAGUAGCUGAGUAAGGCCAUGCGCAAGUGUAGGGUAUAUAUAUAGAUGUAUACAUAGGAUACAUAAGCUAUUAAGUUCAAUAUUCUUAUAUAUAUAUAUAUUGUUAAUUUGAGUGCCAGUUGUUAGCAGCGUAUUUUGUUUAGCUGCGCGUUGUUGUCAUCAAAUAUGCAUUUAGCUUAAGUUGCCUUUUCUUUUUUUUUUCCUUUGUUAUAAUUACUAGGAAUGUAAUGAUUAUAUAUACACACAUGUUUGUUUACCAUCAAUUGCCUUAAGAUAUUGUAUUUCCAGUUCCAUAUUCCAUAUUGUGUAUGUCUCGCUCUAACUCGCACACUCUGUCUGUCUCUGUCUCUGUCUAAGCCGUAAUUUAAACCAAUGGCUCUCUAUAAAAUAUGGAGUUUUAAUACAUUCGCAUUAUGUACACAAUUGAA